AUGUACGGAUUUGGAGAUGUACCUAACCCAGCGAAUGAUGCUGUAGGCGUCUUGGAGGAUAUGUUGAUUGAGUACUUGACUGACACUUGCACGCAGGCUGCAGCUGUGGCAGAUAAGCGCGGAAAAGUAAAUGUCGAAGACUUUAAAUUUGUAUUGCGCAAAGAUUCUAAAAAACGAGCUCGUGUAGACGAACUGUUGUACAUGAACGAGGAUAUUCGACGUGCUAAAAAGAUUGCAGACAUUCCAGAGUUGGACGGCACCAAAGGAGGUGCCAAGGAUGCCCCAAUCUAA